CAACUGUAACAGCACCUGUACCUAUUUUGCGCCAGGACAAGCCCGCCAAACACCAUCCAUCCCACCACCGCCACCAGCCUCAACGAACCUUGCUUGCUCUUUCUUCACGACAACGCCGCAACUGAAGCUACCGAAUUAUUUCCUGCCCCCUGUUUCCUUUCGCUUCUCUUUUUUUGUUGUUGCAAUCUCUACCAAAUUCCUCCGCCCUUGCAGCUUCAUACGGUUGUGCUGCUGGCAGGUUAGAUAACCCAAGAAUCAAACCGAAUCUGCAGCAAACCCUCCCGUCCUGCAACCCUUACCAACCUCCAGCACCUUCGGCCCAAGGUGGGGCAGAGGAGAGAGAUAGAGAGAGGAGGAGACGAAGAGAGAAAGAGGUGCUAUCAAUAUCUGGAGCCCUUUCUGUGCUCACACAGCUUCCUGACCGCCACGUGAAGAGCAACGCAAAAGGAGAGAGAGAAAAAAAGGUCACUGCACCUUUUACAACCCUUUCCCAAGAUUCACUCUUUCGCACACAGCACCCACACACCCAUCCAUCCACCCACCCACCCACACACACAGAGAGACACUGCGACAGGAAUACUCUACAAGAGCCAGGCCCCCUUCCACCCACAAACCCUUGCAUCUUUCAGCAAGCGCAACCGGCCUUCACCAUGGACGAGGCCAUCUCCAAUUUCGUCGCCAUCACGGCUGCCACCCCAGAGGCCGCUCGAGGCUUCCUGGAGAUGACCAACAACAAUAUCGAACAGGCCAUCCAGCUCUUCUUCGAGAGCCCCGACCUCCAGAACAGCUUCAACUCGGCCCCGGCCGCUACAUCUUCCACCGCGCCCCCCGUGCCCUCGAGUACCCGGCCGAACGCUGGACGCCAGGACGAACGCGGCGUCAUCCACAUCGACAGCGAUGACGACGAAGACACCGCCAUGACGGUGGACGACAUGGACGAUAACUUUGGCCACGACGACUCCGAUAUAGCGGCUCAUGCCCAGGUCGAGGCCAUCGCCCGAAACGCGCAGGAGGAAGAAGAUGCCGCCAUGGCUAAGAGACUGCAGGAGGAGUUGUAUGGAGGUGGUGGUGUCGGAGGAGGCGGCGGCGGUGGCGGCGGCGGCGGUGGAUUCGGUGGUGGCCAGGACGACGUCAGAUCGCCCAUCGCACGAACCACGGAAACGCUGGUCGGAGGCUAUGAAGGCGACGAUGGUAUGGACCUGGACACCAUAAUCCGGGCACAGAUGAGACAGAGAGAGGCGGCCAGAGCUGCCCGAGGUGGCGCCGCGAAUCCCUUCAACCAUAACCUGUCGAUCUGGGAUGAUGACGGUCCGACCCCUCCCCAGCAGCCGGCCCAGGCAGCCUCGAACGAAGGCGGCAGCCGCGCGCAGCGACUCGCCGAGCUUUUCCGACCCCCCUACGACAUCAUGUCCAGGCUGGACUGGGACGAGGCGAGACAGGAGGGCAAGGACGAGAAGAAGUGGAUCCUGGUCAACCUGCAGGACAUGAGCGACUUCAACUGCCAGGCGCUGAACCGGGACAUCUGGAAGGACGAGGCGAUCCGCCACCUGCUGGAGGAGAGCUUCAUCUUCCUGCAGUACGACAGGACCGCCAUGGCGGCGCAGCAGUACAUCAACUUUUACUUCCACGGCCACGGACACGAGAACCCCGAAAACUACCCGCACGUCGCUAUCAUCGACCCGCGGACGGGUGAGCAGGUCAAGGUAUGGAGCGGACGGCCGUUCCCGAGCGCGUCCGACUUUCACGCCCAGCUGGCCGAGUUCCUGGACCGCUACAGCCUCGCGGCCAACAGCAAGAACCCCGUCGUGGACCAGGCGGCGCCGCGCCCAAAGACAAUCGACGUCGACCGCAUGACGGAGGAAGAGAUGUUGGAGAUGGCGUUGCAGAACAGCCUCGCGGCGUCCAACGGUGGCAGCGGCAGCGGCAGCGGCAGCAGCAGCUCCAAGCCGACCUCGAACGUCAUCGACCCCGAUGCGCUUACCAAGUCCGAGUCUCCCAAGGUCGAGGCGGCUGAGGCGGAGGCGGCGGAAGCUUCCGCGCCGCAGAGCAUCUGGACCAAGAUUGCCAGCGACAAGCCGCACACGGAGCCCGAGAACAACCCGGCGACGACGACACGGAUACAGUUCCGGCACCCGACGGGACGUGUCAUCCGGCGGUUCGCGCUCGACGACUCGGUGCGACGGAUCUACGAGUGGCUCAAGUCGGAGCCGCUGGAGGGCAAGGGCGGCGUCGAGUUUGAGCUGAAGCGCAUGCCGCAGGGCCAGGACCUGACGCAGGAUCUCGACAAGACGAUCCUGGAGGCAGGGCUCAAGCAGGGAACAGUCAUGAUCGAGUUCAUCGAGGACUAGACUCGGAUGCUUUACGUUAACGACUGGGCCGGGGAGGCAGAUGUUUAUGCAGGCAACGCAAGCGAGUGUUGGCCGGCGGGGAGGGCGUCAUCCAUGGCAUUUCACAACACCAAAGGCCAAGGGGUAAGCGGUGGCCAAUAGAUCUUGGGACGGAACAGGCGGGAGGAAAGCUCUUUGUCAUUGCAUUUCCUCUUUUUUUUCUUCUCUUCUUUUUCUUUCGUCUUUCUCGCUUUCUCUUUGGGGGUUCGGUUUCUCGCACACACACAUACCACGAAUCCAUGACAAAUGUGAAGGGCAUCCAUGACCGGCUUGAGGAUGGCGAGGAUGGACGGACAGGCAAGGCAAGGCAGGCAGGCAGGCAGGCAGACAGGCAAGGAUGCGGCUCGCCGAAGAAGGGCAUAUGGCAGCUACAAAUAGGGUAGAUUAUUACUGCAUCGAAUAGACAGACAGCCUGACACCUGA